AGAACACAAGCGGAACUGGUGUCUUUUGCAAGACUGAAAUCAUGGCAGGUCCAGAAACUAAUACCCAAUUCCGACUCACUGGUAUCAGAAAAUAUUUCAACUCUUACACUCUCACAGGUAGAAUGAAUUGUGUACUGGCCACAUACGGAGGCAUCGCUUUGAUGGUCUCAUACUUCAAGUCAAGGUCUAAAAAAACACCAGCUGUGAAAGCAACAUAAACAGAUUUUGAAGUGUACUUCAUCUGCUAAGUUCCUAUGCCUGGAGAAGCUAGUGUUCAGGUGGGGUAACUGAAAGCCAAGAGGGAAAGGGUCUUGC